AACCCUAUAACAAGUAGAGAGUGAUAGCGAACAGCAUGGAUCCUGAUCAGACUGGGCGGAUGCGCAGGCUGGUCUGGAUCCAUGCUGGUCUCAAACGCAUUACGUUGGUUUUGUCAUGACGCAGCUCAUGUAUAAAAUGUAUAACCAUUUCAGACAUCAGUGAUGUUUUAUCUAAACCUGAUAACCAAGGUCAAGAAAACUGGCUAAUUGUUAUCACUAAGAUAACCUCAAAUAUUCAUAUAUCAGUAUUUGGUAUAUUUUCUGUUUACUAUUGUGGAUUUGAUGUUGUAUAACACUCAGAUUUCUGAGAGCAAUUUGCAAGGUUGCAAUACUGGAAUGAUACCUAUACAAUUAUGGCACAGUUAUACCAUCUUGUAAUUUUGUUUAUGGUGUUGAUAACAGCUGAAGCAGCAUAUCGGGGACCGGCAUGCCCAUCUUCGUGUAGAUGCCUACACUUUGAAGGCCUCCAAUCAGUGUAUUGCAAUAGAACGGGUAUAAAUGCCGUACCCUCCGGUAUUCCUCCAGAUACUCAGCUGUUGGACCUUUCCGAAAAUAACAUCGAGCGCAUUGCUUUGGACGACCUGAAAGGACUUAAAUACUUACAAGAAUUAGAUCUAUCAUCAAACAGGCUGGAUGAAAGCAGCAUAGAAAGCCGGGCUUUAGAUUUAACCAAAUUAGUAACGAUUGACCUGUCAUUUAACUUAUACAAGAGUAUUCCAAAAUCACUACCAGCUAACAUUAGCAAGCUUUGGUUUUUCAACAAUAAUGUACAAAUACUUAAAUCAGAUAGUUUUCUUAACUACACUAACCUACAAUAUGUAGAUCUCUCAAACAACAAUAUGGUUGCAAUCGAAAAAGGGGCAUUUGAUCCACUUUUAUUUUUACAGACGCUGUAUAUACCUUUUAAUAACUUAACAGAUGAAAGCAUUCCACCAGGAACUUUCAAUGGGUCAACAAAUUUACAAUUAUUAUCAGUCCGGUUCAAUUUACUACAGCACAUGUUUAAAUAUCUCCCAUGCUCACUUCAAUAUUUGGAUUAUGUUGGUAAUAAAAUAAUAACAAUACCAGCGUAUUCAUUUGUAGAUUUACCAAACCUCCAGACACUGUCAUUUUGGGAAGGUCAGGUUACUACCAUUGAAGACAAUGCAUUUUUUGGGUUAUCAAAGUUGAAAAUUUUGGAUAUGAACAUGGAUAAAUUGUCGUCUGCUAUUACAAACAAUACAUUUGCUGGUCUAACAAACCUACAGACGUGCUACAUGUACUCUAACAGUAUCAGUAGGCUUGACAUUGGCGCCCUCUAUCAUUUUACAUCUUUAUCAGAACUUUGGUUGCAAGGUAAUAAAAUGUCUACACUGCGACCAGAAGUGCUGGAUGUCAAAUAUAUUCCGAAACUCUCCCAGCUAUAUAUAGAUUCUAAUCCGUGGUAUUGUGACUGUCAUCUACGUUGGCUACGCGAGAAAGUUGAUAAAGCGCCCUACGUCAUUCAGGACACACAUUUGAUUGUGUGUGCUGGACCAGAAAAUUUGGCGGGAAAAGCGUGGGAUGUUCUUAAGCCAAGUGACUUUGUCUGCCCAUCGUGA